UGUGUUCCUUCCUCUUCUAUAACUUGCUCUUUAUAACUGAUGCCUGUCAGUGAGCAUUGCGGUGAAGUGCUGUACCUUCCGCCGACCGGCCGCUCUCCUGACUCUCUCUAGCUGGGGUCAUACAGGAGACAGACACGGGAUCAAGCACGAUCCUUCAGGUCAAAACUCUGGAUGACACCGUUGCCAGUCAAAUUGCACGUCAGGGGCCUUCUUUGAAAUGGCUCUCUGCUCUGGCCGAGAAGAUUCGCGUUUUUGGUGACGAAGCUAGUCGGUAUGAUUUAACUGCUACGUGUAAUGUAUGUAAGUACUGAUCUUUGUGCCGAUACGGAUAUCCAAAGCUUCCAUCACCAUACGAGACAACUUUUCUAUAGUUUCUAUAGAUUUUCCAAAUUCUAACUUGGAAUCUUUAGGUUUUAUUGCUUUUCUUAAACGACUGUUUCUGACAACAUCUUUCAAGCCCGGAAUGUACAGUAGCUGUUCUUAAAAUACCAGAAACCCCACUUUUUGAUCCAUCAUUCAGGAAUUGUAUAUUUAUUUUACUAUUAGCUUUUUACCUGUAGUCUUAUCCAGCAGUUUUUUUUAAGUCAAAGCUUUUUGAAACCUUGGAGAUUAUUACUGCCAUAAGAGUGAUUAUUAUUUCUUUCUAUAAGGCUUAUGGACUUACUGGAUAUCACUUGAUUUCUUAUUGAUUCCUAAGCGUGUGGAUGUUUAAUCUUUAAUCCCUGGUAAGGAUUUUUUUCAUGAUUUGAAUCUGCAAUUUUCCUUACCUGCACUGACACUACAAAACCAAUGAUUUAAUUUUCAGAAUGUUUGAAGACAUUGUUCGCUAUUGGCUAGUUAAGAAUUAGGCGACUUACCAGUAACGCACAAUAACCUAUCGGAUGUGAGUUUGAAGAUGCGCUUCUAGUUUGAAAGUCACUGUUCAAAACCUAGAAAGCCCUAGAACUUGCCCGUAUUAUCAGAAAUUUAAACAUGGUGCACUGACGGUCCUGGAGCUUUAGAAACGCACCCGAUCUCUUCUCCUGUGCCCGAGCAGCCAUGGUGGGCUUCCUGACAUUGGUGGAGCCUGUGGUCAUUAUCAACACCGUGGGCAGCUCCUUUUACGAUGCUGCCCUGACUCUGGCUGUCUACAACCGCAGCCUGGAAACGGCCAUGGGGCAAAGCGACCAGGCCCAAGCCCUCUCCUCCCGGUUCUUCUUCGUCCAGAGCUCGCUGGCUUCCCUGCUGUCCCUGCUCUCCACCGUGGCCCUGGGCCGCCUGGCGGAUCGCAGGGGGCCGCGCGUCCUGCUGGCCGUGCCCCAGGUGGGCUCGGUGCUCAGCAAGGCGCUCCUGCUGCUCUUCCUGCUGCUCCGGCUGCCGCUGUGGGUGCUGUACCUGGGGGCGGCGCUGCACGGGCUGAGCGGGGGCUCGCCGGCCUACUGGGGCGGCCUGGUGUCGGUGGCAGCCCUGCGGUCGGGGGAGGGCGCGCGCAGCCUGCGGAUCAACACGGUGGAGCUCUUCAGCGGCCUGGCGGGCAUCGCCGGGGGGCUGGUGUCGGGGUACAUCUACCGGCUGGGCCAGUCGGGGGUUGCACUGACGGUGGUGGCCUUGUUAGUGUGUGCAGUGGGGCUCCUCUACUCCCUGUUCCUCCUGGAUUAUCCUUCGCCAUCCGGCACGGGAGGUCGGGAGGGCUACCGCCAGCUGGCCGCGUCCCCGGAGGGAGGGCCGAUCGACCGCAGCGCACUGGCGCUGCUCUUUGCCUCCAUGAUCCUGUUCGUCCUGGGCAUGUCCGGGGCAGAGAACGUGCUGUGUCUUUUUGUGCUGAAGCCGCCCCUGGCCUGGGACUCAGUGUGGGCAGGCUAUGGGCGGGCUGCCACCAAUGCCAUGUACCUGACCAGCUUCCUGGGCGUGCUGGUGCUCUCCCGCUGGCUCGGCGACAGGGCGCUCAUCCUCCUGGGCAUCGUCUCCAACUGCACAGGCAUGGCUGUGCUGGCCUUCGCCAGCCAAAGCUGGGUCUACUUCCUGGCUCGCGGAAUCAUGAUGUUCGCCUGUAUCCCAAUGCCCACCAUCAAAUCCCAGCUCUCCAAGAUAACGGACGCUCAGCUGUAUGGCCGUGUCUUCGGCUGGCUGCAGUCCUGCCUGGCUCUGACCGAUCUCCUGUCUGUACUCCUCUUCACCUCCAUCUACCCCCUCACCCUGGACUGGUACAGCGGCUUCAGCUUCCUGCUCUCCUGCCUCAUCAGCUACCUCAGCGUGGUGCCCAUCCUGUGGCUGCACUGGAGAAGAGCCAAGCCAGGAUAUACAGAAAUUCCUGGAAGGAAUUCUCCCAUCUGCACUCUCAACACUGCAGACACCUGAAAAAACUGCCUGAUGAGAUCUGGUUCACAUAAAAAGGAGUGCACCCUGCUCUUCUUAAAACUAGGACUUAUUCUUUAAAGAUGACUUUUUCAAAACACUACACUUGAAUUUGUCUCAGGCUCCCAG